AUGGCCGUACCUAUUGCAGUGCUUGACUGUGACCUCCUGCUCUAUGGCCGCGGACACAGGACUCUGGAUCGCUUCAAGCUGGAGGAUGUCACGGAUGAGUAUCUAGUAUCCACGUACGGCUUUCCCCGGCAGUUCAUUUACUACCUGGUGGAUCUCCUGGGAGCCAGUCUCUCUCGCCCUACUCAGCGGUCCAGGGCCAUCAGUCCGGAGACCCAGAUACUUGCUGCCCUGGGUUUCUACACCUCUGGCUCCUUCCAGACACGCAUGGGAGAUGCAAUUGGCAUCAGUCAAGCCUCCAUGAGCCGCUGCGUUGCCAAUGUAACCGAGGCAUUGGUAGAAAGAGCCUCACAGUUUAUUCACUUUCCUGAGGAUGAAGCUGCUGUUCAGAGCCUGAAGGAUGACUUCUAUGCGCUGGCAGGCAUGCCGGGAGUGCUGGGGGUGGUUGACUGCACCCACGUGGCAAUCAAAGCGCCUAACGCUGAGGACCUGUCCUAUGUGAACCGAAAGGGUCUCCAUUCUCUGAACUGCCUGAUGGUGUGUGAUGCCAGGGGAGCCCUUCUGAGCGCAGAAACGCACUGGCCUGGCAGCCUGCCCGACUACACGGUGUUGCAGCAGGCAGCGCUUACAAGCCAGUUUGAAACUGAGCUACAUAAGGAUGGCUGGCUGCUUGGUGACAGCUCCUUCUACCUCCGCACCUGGCUGAUGACCCCGCUGCACAUCCCCGAGACGCCUGCAGAAUAUCGUUACAACAUGGCACAUUCUGCCACUCACAACGUCAUCGAGCGGACGUUCAGGACCAUUCGGUCACGUUUCCGCUGCCUGGAUGGGUCCAAAGGCACCCUGCAGUAUUCUCCAGAGAAAUCCAGCCACAUCAUUCUGGCCUGCUGUGUCCUCCAUAACAUCUCCCUGGAACUUGGGCUGGAUGCGUGGUCUUCGCCAGCCACAGGACACGUGGAACAACCAGAAGAAGAGUACGAGCAGAUGGAAUCAAUGGACUCGGAAGCCUGUCGCAUUCGUCAGGAGCUUUUACUUACUCAUUUUAGCUAA